AUGAGCAAUCCCGACCCGGAGGCCGCGCAGUACCAGGCCGCCCCCCCGAUUGAAAACAUGGGAACUCCCGUGGAUCUGGGGUCUACGCUCAGCCAGGAGGAUGAGACUCCUGCCCCCAAAGACUGCAAGGGGAAGGCGAAGGCGAAGGAGGCGGUGGUGGCAGGAUCUGUAUUGGGAUCAGUGGGCAAGGGAACUUGUCAAUUAUUCGGUCAUCCGGUCAGUAAAGAGGUGACGGUGCUCUACAAGUCCUGGCAGGAUUUGUUCUGCACUUGGGUGAGGGAGGGCAGCUUAGAAGCGCUGUUGCAGGGGCAUGUGAUCGACAAGAAGAGACUGUCUCUGCGUGCAAAUGCCAUUGAGCGAGACCUCUAUGCUAGCGACUAUCCCCGGUGGCAAGCGGGCUACAAUUGCAUGAAGAUGCUGCACCAAUGUACCCGCUCAGAUCCUGUUUUGUCUGCAGGGGAUGAGUUUCUCAAGCUCCUGCUCCAUGAACGUGCGCCACCGGAUUGUGUGUCCGCUGCUUUCCAAGCCUCCAACAAUAUCAGGGACACCGUACAGGCCGCUCGCACCCACUAUCAACAUCUGCACCUCAAGUUCAUUGAAUGGGGCAGUGACAUGGAAUUGCCUCGUAGACAAAUAGCGAUCAUCAAAUCUGCGUCAUUCACCUCCAUCCGCGUUCUAAAACGUCCUAUAGCGGCAAAGUCCCCCAGCACCAGCGCACCGCUACCGGCUUCCUACUUCACCUUGAACAGGGAGCACAUCUUACGGCUGGCAUCUAACCAGUGGCUUAACGAUGAGAUCAUCAACUUCUUCAUCGAGCUGUUCAUGCAUAAUCCUCAGUCGCAUCACAACGUUGUUGUAGCCCUCAUGUCCCAACAAGGAACCAAGCUGGCAGCGCGUUUUGGUGGACUCAAGCUCAUUGAUGCAUCUAACGUCAAGGACCUGAAGCUACUACUGAUCCCUCUACACGUCCAUGGUAAUCAUUGGUGUCUGUUUGUCAUGGACUUUGUCAACCGCCAUGGCACCGUGUACGACAGCUUGCUGACAAACGCCCAGGAGAAUAGAGUGCUCUUCCAGAGGAUGCGAGACUGUAUGCAAGCAGUCUGGGAGCUCAAGAAAUUACCCGUGGACAAAGAUUGGUGGAGAACAAAAUGGCAAUGGUUUGCUGAUCCGCCUGAUGUUCCCAGGCAGAAUAAUGCCAUUGAUUGUGGCAUCUACUGCAUGAGCUUCAUGGUGCACCUGCACAAGUGGGGUAAGAUCAAUCACAAGGACAUCCCUGUUCCUUUGCGUAUCCCACUUCAUAAAGAGGGUAUCGCUGCUUUGGCCAGGCCUUCCGGCCGCCCCAAACCAAAGAAAGCCUCAAAGAAGUGCAAGAGAAAGAGGGCAUCAUCGAAGAUGCCCUUGGUCCUGAUCGAUGAGGACACCGAGGAAGACGCUGCAGGCACUGCCGACUUGGUGGAUGCACUGAACACCGCAGGAGGGACCGGCAAAUGCCAAGGAAAUAUGUGGCGCUCGGGAAUAAGGCGCGAGCGCAGAGAUAGGACUGAUGGGGAUGGCAACGUGACUAUGUCCAGCCAGCUACAGAUUGAGAACCAAUGGCCUAGAACAAGAGGUAGCAAUUCCGACAGCAGCUUUGGCAGCCUUGAUGAUGAAGGAGAUGACAGCGAUGACUGCGAUGAGGACCGCAUAAUUGAUGAUGAAGGUGUCAACCAAGAAGAUCAACCACUAGGCGCCAAUCCUAUCACUCUCAAGCCUCCCAGCGAGCUGGGUGCUAUGCUCGCUGAAGCAGAGGCUGAAGCGCAGACACACACGCCCAACAAGCUAGCGUCCGGUGAACUGAACUUUAUGGUGACACCGCCCCAGUCUCCCUCUCCAUCUCAGAUUGCUGGACAGCAGUUUGAAGACGACUGGGAGGAUGAGAAGGAACCAAUGCAGGAGCGUAGUGGAGACAGUCCAAAGGACGAAUCGUCAAAGAAGCGCACCAAGGGGCCUUGGAGAAAAUCACAUGUAUCUGUCCAAGUAUCUGUUCUUCGGCGUCUAGGAAUGCACUUGACAGAAGCUGUGCGCUACUAUGCGAAGGUCUACAAUCGCACUGUCAACUCGGUUUGGCGUCAAAUGAUGCUUGAGGUCCCAUAUGGUCGCAAAGCUAAUCUUGCGAACCUCCACCGCCAGCGCUAUCGCAUCGUCCACCCUAAACACCCAGAAGAAGACUACAUUAAAAAAGUAACUGGUAUCUUGGAUCAGGCCAAGGACAAACUACGACGCAAGAUACGGGCCGACCUAGUUAGGCUUGGCAAAGAUAUUGUCAACGUCCCCGCUGGAGUGCAAAUCAACGCAUGCCAACGCCAGCUGCAGGAAGCUGUUUUGACCGCCAACACCAGCAUUGUGCUCAAGACGUACCUUGAAUUGUCAACCAUCCUUCAAUCAUGCAAAGUUAAAGGGAAAGCAGAGGGCUGCUCCAGUUACUACUACCACUCCCUCAACGUCUACGAGUAG